AUGGUUAUCCAAAGAUUCGAUCGUCGUAUCAUUCCAGAUCAUCGCUACACUCGUCGCAACCGAAUCGUUUCCAAUAUUGUGAACGGAGGAAAAUGUCUUUUCCUCGGCGAUUUUCCAACCUUUCAAGAGUCCACAGUAUCCAACAACAAAGUGACUUACUUGGAAGCAUCCCGAAUCCUCCAAGAACAGAAAAUGCGAGAUGUCGUUCUCCUUCAAGGCAACAUUUACUCAAAGGCGAUCUUGUUGCAAUACACGUCGACACCGGCGGGACGAGUUGGUAGAGCCAGCCAAUACUGCAAAAAUCCUACGGGAAACGGGAAAACCUUUCUUGUGGAAGAUGUCCAGAAUGCGCCCUUUGCUCUGACGGGCAAAGAACUACUGGACUACGCCAUUCGUUCGAGUGGAGAGGAUCCCAAUGCCAUUUUCCCACACGAAGUCAAGAUUAUCUUGGAAAAGGAUCUCCAGAUCAAAGUGGAUGAAGAGACACACUAUUCUUUACUUUGGUACGUUACCAAAUUAGAGUCUGCAAGCAGUUGUUGGGUCGAAGAUGCAGAUGCGGCAUUUAAUGACUUCUUGAACUCGCCAGACCGAGACAACGAAUUCAUUGGGCCUGUCGAAUUGACCAGGAUAUUUGUAUCCUUUUUUAUCGCAGCUUUGCUGCUUCUCCUUCCGGGUAUCGUAUCGAAGCUGGUACUUCAAGAGCAACCGUCGCCUUCAAAGCAGCAGCAUGAAGACGAGGUAGCACGAGCAGAAGAAGCAUUGGUUGAUGCAAAGUUGGAGUUGGAGGCAAAGAUCGAAGAACUCAAAGACUACAAAGAAGUCAUUCAAAGACUUCACGGGGAAAAUGAACAGAGUAAAUACUCGAUCGCCAUUUGGAAAGCAUCGAUUGAAGUUUUUCAAAAGCGACAACGCGAACUGAUGCAAGACAGGAACACGUAUCGCAGCAUGGUAUGGCAGGCCGAACAAAAGGUUGCCUGGUCCCAUCCCGGGUUUAAUGAUAAUAAUUCUGGAGAGCCGAUAAAGAUACCGGAAUGGCUGACUCAGGAUUGA